AUGUCUCACAUUUGCUACGUCGUCCCUCCCCACCUCCUCAAGAGCAUUGCCGAUGCCGAGUGCAACAGUGAGGACGAGCGUCAUGCUGCGAGACGCGCUCUUGAGCUUCGCGACAUCAUCACAACCCGUCGCGCCGAGCGCCUCGCUAUCCUCGGAGGCCCAAGAGCCCAGCGACACCAACUUUCUUCCCAUUCCCAAUCCAUAAUCCCCGACAUCUUGCUCCGCCACAUUGCUGAGUCGCCGGAUGUCAACGACAACACCAGGUCCAACGCCCGCCGGGAUCUCGAACAUCUGCAAGCCCUCCAGCAGAAGAUUCACCAGUCUCAGCAAGCGCCUCUCGCCGCCGCCAAAGACCCCAAGGACCCCGAGGCCACCACAUACCGCGCCAUCUACGACGCAAAGAACUCCUCCAACGAGCACGACUUGCCCGGCAAUGUUGUUCGUGUCGAAGGCCAGAAGGCUAUCGACGACAAGGCGGCCAACGAUGCCUUUGACAAUGUGGGUGAUGUUCUGAAGAUGUACAAGGACAAGUUCGACUGGGUCUCGAUUGACAACAAGAACAUGAAUGUCGUCAGCUCGGUCCAUUUCGGCGAGCAGUACGAGAACGCAUUCUGGGACCCGGAAAGGAUGCAAAUGGUAUUCGGGGACGGCGGAGAGUUUCUGAACAACUUCACUGGCACCAUCGAUGUCAUCGGCCACGAGCUCGCCCACGCCGUCACUGAACACACCAGUCCCCUGGACUACCAGGGCAUGAGCGGCGCUCUCAACGAGCACAUCUCUGACGUUUUUGGCAUUAUUGUCAAGCAGAUUGCCGAAAAUGAGAAGGCUGAUGAGGCCGACUGGCUGAUCGGUGAAGGCUGUAUUAUGCCUGGCGUCAAGGGUGUCGCCCUUCGGAGCAUGAAACUGCCUGGAACCGCCUACAAUGACCCGCGCUUCGGCAAAGAUCCCCAACCGGCCCAUUUCAAGGAUUACGUUCCAACAUUUGAAGACAAUGGCGGCGUCCACAUCUACUCUGGUAUUCCGAACAGAGCUUUUUACCUCGUGGCCAGGGCCUUUGGCGGUUUCUCGUACGAAAAGGCCGGUCCCAUCUGGUGGAAGGCAAUAACGUCGGGGCGAAUUCCUCCCCGUUGUACUUUUCUUCAAUUUGCUGACGUGACGACGGAAAUGGCCGAGGAAAUUUAUGGCGAAGAGGCUGGGAUAGUCGUACGGGAUGCCUGGGACGAGGUGGGAGUACAGCGAAAGGGCCGCUAG